AUGGCCGCAAACAUCAAGAUGGAGGAUAAAGGCGCUGCAGAAAACAGAGCCCAAGAAGGGCCAUACGAAAUAGCUCAAGACUCAACUGCGAUCUCGAACAACAAUGAUCAUGACGACUCCCACUCGCUCUCCUCAUCCCAAAACUCAGAAUUGGACCGCCACCCAACAACACCAGGCAAAGACGUUGAAGACCAGGUCAAGGUGACACCUGCAGCGGCCUCAGAGGAAGAAGUUCCCAGAGUCGUGCCACGCCUCUCGCGCCGCGGCCUCUUCGGCCAGAUCACACUAUUAGAAGAAAUCGAAAACCCGAAAUGCUAUCCGCGGAACAAGAAAUGGUUCAUCACCUUCGUCGUUGCAGUGGCCGGCUCUGUCGCGCCCAUGGGAAGUUCCAUCUUCUUUCCCGCGCUCUCUCAGGUAGCAGACGAGCUCAAUGCAACAACGACGGUUACGAAUUUGACUAUCUCGCUGUACAUGCUAAGCAUGUCAAUCUUCCCGCUUUGGUGGUCGUCGUUCAGUGAGCGAUUAGGAAGGAGAACCAUCUACAUCGUGUCGUUUGCGCUCUUUGUCGUGUUCAACGUGCUUUGCGCUAUUUCGAGCUCAAUAGCCAUGCUUAUCGUUAUGAGGUUGCUUAGUGGUGGUGCGUCCGCUUCUGUCCAGGCCGUCGGUGCAGGGACCAUCGCAGAUAUAUGGGACACGCGGGAGCGAGGGCGCGCAAUGGGGAUAUUUUACCUGGGGCCGCUGUGCGGGCCAUUGAUUGCGCCUAUCGUCGGAGGAGCCCUGGCGCAGCGGUGGCAAUGGCGAAGCACGAUGUGGUUCUUCUGCGCAUAUGGUGCCAUCGUUGUGGUUCUCAUUCUCCUUGGUCUCCCAGAGACAUUGUCAAAGGCAAACCAGAAACCCAUCAUGCCCGCAGAUUCGCCAGCAGAUGAAACGCUCUCCCGCCGCGCCUCCCGUGUCUCCUCCGUACAAACCCAAGUCCUCAGCACCACAACCCGCUGGCUUAAGCUCGCCAAGAUCGUCUUCGUCGACCCGCUCAAGAUCAUCCUGUACCUGCGCUAUCUCCCCGUACUAUUGACUGUCUACUACGCGGCUAUUACCUUUGGAUCUUUGUACGUGCUGAACGUCAGCAUUGAGAACAGUUUCGGGAAAGACCCCUACAAUUUCGAUACAAUCAUCGUAGGCCUGCUCUACAUCCCCAAUUCUCUGGGUUACUUUGUAGCGAGUUUAUUUGGCGGCCGCUGGAUCGACAAGAUCAUGGAGCGGGAAGCGAAGAAGGCGAAUCGUUAUGAUGAAAAGGGCAAUCUCAUCUUCCGACCGGAGGACCGUAUGCGCGAGAAUGCUUGGUUAGGCGCUUUGCUUUACCCAGCCGGUCUUAUCUGGUAUGGAUGGACGGUUGACAAGGGCGUCUUUUGGCUUGCACCGAUGAUCGCGAACUUCUUCUUCGGCAUCGGCUCAAUGCUUAUCUUUAGUAUGGUGACAACCAUGCUCACCGAGUUCAUGCCCAAAAAGUCCUCUGAGGGCGUGGCUCUCAACAACUUCACCCGCAACAUUUUUAGUUGUGUGGGCUCGUUUGUUACAGCGCCUAUUAUCAACGGCAUCGGCAAUGGCUGGCUGUUUACUAUUAUUGGCCUCGUAGCGUUUGCGAGUAGUGGCGUUAUUGUUGUCAUGAAAGUUUUUGGGCCCAGGUGGAAGGAGGGGAUGGAUAAAUUGAUGCAAUAA